AUGCUUGCUGCUAAAAAUUUGUUGAGAAAGUCGGCUAUUGCCGGUCCAAGCCGUGUGGCUGCCCGUUUCCAAUCUACCGCUAAAGUUCAGGGUUCAGUGAUUGGUAUUGAUUUGGGUACUACAAACUCUGCUGUUGCAAUUAUGGAAGGUAAAGUUCCAAAGAUUAUUGAAAACGCUGAAGGUUCCAGAACCACUCCAUCUGUUGUGGCUUUCACCAAGGAUGGUGAAAGAUUGGUUGGUAUUCCAGCCAAGCGUCAAGCUGUUGUGAACCCAGAAAACACUUUGUUUGCCACCAAGCGUUUGAUUGGUCGUCGUUUCGAGGAUAUUGAAGUUCAAAGAGAUAUCAAACAGGUUCCAUACAAGAUUGUUAAGCACAGUAAUGGUGACGCAUGGGUCGAGGCCCGUGGUGAGACAUAUUCUCCAGCUCAAAUCGGUGGUUUUGUCUUGAACAAGAUGAAGGAAACCGCUGAGGCUUAUUUGGGUAAGGCUGCCAAGAACGCUGUUGUCACUGUUCCAGCUUACUUCAACGAUUCUCAAAGACAAGCCACCAAGGACGCAGGUCAAAUUGUUGGUUUGAACGUGUUGCGUGUUGUCAACGAACCAACUGCCGCUGCCUUGGCUUACGGUUUGGAGAAAUCUGAGUCCAAGGUCGUUGCCGUCUUCGAUUUGGGUGGUGGUACUUUCGAUAUCUCCAUCUUGGAUAUUGACAACGGUGUCUUUGAAGUCAAGUCUACUAACGGUGACACUCACUUGGGUGGUGAAGAUUUCGAUAUUUACUUGUUAAGAGAAAUUGUUUCCCGUUUCAAGACUGAAUCUGGUAUCGAUCUAGAAGGUGACCGUAUGGCCAUUCAAAGAAUCAGAGAAGCUGCUGAAAAGGCCAAGAUUGAAUUGUCCUCCACUGUUUCUACUGAAAUCAACUUGCCAUUUAUCACUGCCGAUGCAUCCGGUCCAAAGCACAUCAACAUGAAGUUCAGCAGAGCUCAAUUCGAAACUUUGACUGAGCCAUUGAUCAAGAGAACUGUGGACCCAGUUAAGAAGGCUUUGAAGGAUGCUAGCUUGAGUACAUCUGAAGUCUCCGACGUUCUAUUGGUCGGUGGUAUGUCUAGAAUGCCAAAGGUCGUUGAAACCGUUAAGCAAUUAUUUGGUAAGGAACCAUCUAAGGCUGUUAACCCAGAUGAGGCUGUCGCCAUUGGUGCUGCCAUCCAAGGUGCUGUUCUAGCCGGUGAAGUCACCGACGUUCUUCUAUUGGAUGUUACUCCAUUGUCUCUAGGUAUCGAGACCUUGGGUGGUGUCUUCACUAGAUUGAUUCCAAGAAACACUACUAUCCCAACCAAGAAAUCUCAAAUUUUCUCCACUGCUGCUGCUGGUCAAACCUCUGUCGAAAUCAGAGUUUUCCAAGGUGAAAGAGAAUUGGUUAGAGACAACAAGUUGAUCGGUAACUUCACUUUGUCUGGUAUCCCACCAGCUCCAAAGGGUGUCCCACAAAUCGAAGUCACUUUCGACCUUGACGCAGACGGAAUUAUCAACGUCUCUGCUAGAGACAAGGCUUCCAACAAGGAUGCUUCUAUCACCGUUGCUGGUUCUUCUGGUUUGUCUGAAUCUGAAAUCGAACAAAUGGUUAACGAUGCUGAGAAAUACAGAAGCCAAGAUGAGGCCAAGAGACAAGCCAUUGAAACCGCCAACAAGGCAGACCAAUUGGCUAAUGACACUGAAAACUCUUUGAAGGAAUUCGAAGGUAAGGUCGACAAGGCUGAAGCACAAAAGGUUCAAGACUUGAUCACUUCUUUGAGAGAAACUGUCGCUAGAGUUCAAGCUGGUGAAGAAGUUAACGCUGAUGACUUGAAGGCUAAGACUGAAGAACUACAAAACUCUUCCAUGAAAUUGUUCGAACAAAUGUACAAGAACGAUUCCAGCAACAACGCUCAAUCUGGUGAACCAAAGCAAUAA